AUGAAGAAGCAGUUCCAUUUUGAUGCCCGCUGGAUUUUGGAGGAUCAAUGUUGUGAUAUUAUUGCCCGUGCAUGGUGUUUUCCUGCUUGUGGCUCUCAUCAAUUUUGUUGGGUUUCAAAGUUGAAAUCUUGUAAGCAGUUGCAGAGGGCAGAAUCUCUUUUAUCUUCCUGUUGGCUUGAAGAGGAGCUAUAUUGGAAACAGAAGUCUCGAAAUCAAUGGUUGCAAUUUGGUGAUCGUAAUUCAAAAUUUUUUCAUGCAACUACCAAGCGUCGUCGUGCAAAAAAUGCGAUCAUUGGUAUUCGGGAUGAUUUGGGGUUUUGGCAAGAAAAGGAAACAACAAUUCAUUCUACUUUCUUGAACUAUUUUCAGAAUCUUUUUCAGACCUCUAGUCCAAUGGCGGUUGAUUCUUUUCUUCAACAUGUGCCGUGUAGAAUUUCAACAGAGAUGAACAAUGCUCUUUUGGGUCAACAGACAAAGCUGGAGAUUAAACAGACAGUAUUCAGUAUGGCUCCUCUUAAGGCUCCGGCCAAAUGGCUCAAGAGUAUUAUUCUGAUCACUCAUGAGGUCUUGCAUUACUUGAAGAAUAAGAGGAAAGGUGAAAAAGCCUUCAUGGCUCUUAAGCUUGAUAUGAGUAAAGCCUACGACAGGAUCGAAUGGCCUUUCUCACUCCCUUUAUCAUUGGCUCUUCAUCGUGCUCAGCAGGCAAGAGUUCUCACUGGCUUGUCUAUUCGUUGGGAUGCUCCUGUUCUCUCGCACUUGUUUUUCGCCGAUGACUCCAUUAUUUUUUAUCAAGCCUCCAUUGAAGAAGUUCAAUCAUUGAAACAUAUCCUUAAUUGUUAUAAACAGGCGUUUGGUCAAAUGAUUAAUUUUUCGAAGUCUGCCAUUUUCUUCUCUAAAAAUACUAGUCGAUUUAUAAGAUCUAUCAUCAGCCAUUUGCUGGGGAUUUCAGUGGAGGGUUUCCAUGCUCGUUAUCUGGGAGUGCCUGCCUUAGUGGGGCGUUCUAAGCGAGAUGUUUUCCAGUUUGUUCUUCAUCAUAUGCAAGAUAGACUUGCAUUUUGGAAUAAACAUUGUCUUUCAGCUGGUGUUAAGGAAAUUUUAAUCAAGGCAGUGCUUAGUGCCCUCCUUACAUAUCUUAUAUCUUCUUUUCGGUUGCCUCGCUCUUUAUGUUUGGAUCUUUCUAAAUGUGUACGUAAUUUCUGGUGGUGUAAAAAACAGCAAUCCUGUUUAGUGCAUUGGGUAAAUUGGGAAGAUUUGUGUGCUAGUAAAAAUAGUGGGGGCCUGUGCUUUCGUAAUUUUGAAGCUUUUAACUCUGCUCUCAUGGCUAAACACGCCUGGAAUUUUCAAGUUACUCAACGAGGUAUUGCUUUUCAUCUCCUUAAAGCCAAAUAUUUUCCAUCUUAUUCUUUCUUGGAGGCUUCUUUGGGAUCUAACCCGUCUUGGGGAUGGCAGAGUAUUUGGUUCACACAAGAGCUUUUUCGUAAGGGCUUAAUGUGGUCCGUCGGAAAUGGUCAAUCCAUUGAUAUUUGGAAUGAUAGAUGGAUUCCAGGUUUUUCUAAGACACAUCCAUUCCAACCUGCUGGAGCUUAUUUAUUCAAGGUUGCUGACCUUAUUGAUAUGCAACAGGCCUCGUGGAAUAGAGAUAUUUUAACUUUAGUUUUCUUGCCCCAUGAAGUGGUAGUAAUUUCUAAAUGUCAAUUUAGCCUCCGUAAUAAAACUGAUUCUUAUAUUUGGGCUCUUGAGACAUCGGGUCGCUUCACUGUUAAAUCUGCUUAUCAUUUAGCUAUGUCUUUGCAUUGUCCUACUCUAGUUGGUGUGGGGAAAAUUUGGAAAGAAAUUUGGCACUGUAAAACUCUUUCUAAAAUUAAUCAUUUCUUAUGGCGCUGUUGUCAUGAUGUUCUUUCAUUGGGUUCCACACGUCUUCAUAGACGUUUCACUAAUGAUGCAAUGUGCCCUCAUUGUGAGUGGUUGUUGAGUCUUCCUACUCUUGCCUCUGGGCGUAUGGAGUGCACUUCUUUGAUGAGCUUGGUUUCCUUUUGCUGUUGGUUUUUAUGGAAAGCUUGCAACAUGUUGAUUUUUGAAGGUGCUCUUUGGAAUCCUUCUUUUGUGGCCUCUAAGGCAGUCCAAAGCUUCUGGGAGUUUUUUGAUUCGCAGAAAUGUUGGUUGAAUGUGCAUUUGACUCCUAAACCUUCUGUUUCCCCUGUUUCUUGGUCUCCUCCCCCUUUCGCUUCAUCUCCAUUGGUGGCUGAAGUUUUCGCUUUUAGACUUGCUGUCAUGUGGGCUCGGGUUUUUGAUUUUCGGCACGUCUGGUUUGAAUGUGAUACUAAAAAUCUUGUGGAAGCUUUGCAAGUAGCUUCUCGGUACCCUUCUAUCAUCGCCCCAUGUAUCUAUGAUAUUCGCACUGAUCUGGACCUCUUCUCGUGGGUUAAGGUGUCCCAUGUGCGGUGGCAAGGUAAUCGAGCAGCCCAUGCCCUUGCAUCACUCUCUUCUUCGUGCUUGUGUGCUGAUUCUGUCAUCUCUCAACUUUCGGUAGAGGUGCUUUAG